CGCCUCCGCCUCCGCCCCACCGCCCGCCGCCCUGCCGCGGGGAGUUCUUGCGGGACAUACCUCUUCACCCACAGCAACCCGCCGCGCGGGGGCUUCUCUGCCGCUCGUGCGCCGAAUCGGGGCCGGGAUCCACUCCCCGCGGAAGCGUGCGGAGUUCGUGGCGGUAUCUCCGUCAAGCUCACCGACCCCGACGCGCGGCGCGUUGUUGGCGGCGAAGGGCGAACUGCUCCGCGCCGGCUAUUGGGUCCGUUCCUCGCCGCCCGCCUUCUUCUUGCGGGGUUCUCUUUCGGGGAUGGCGGCCCAUGAUCAGGGGGCGCCUCAUGGCGUCACAGCCGAUCCCGACAUACAGCUUCACAAUGUUCCGUUGUUGCAUGAGUUCGUGCACUGCCCUCUAAAUGAGGUCCCCUGCGUGCCCUUGGCGGUCUACGCGCACAACUCUCAGCUUACACAGACGGUGGACACUCCAGGGAGUGAGCCCAGCACCACCGCCGUCGGGGCGCUGCCUGAUACGCUGCAAGUUCUUCCGCGCUCGUAUCAGUGUGUGUGGAGGAUGCAUCGGAGCGGCCUCAGCCUCCGCGGUGAGUUCGGGACUGCAAACAUUCUGGUCUACUCGACUCUGGCUGUCAGGCUGACGGGUGUCCACCUAAGCAGGUUCACCAAGUCCGACGGCGACCGAGACUACGCCCAAUUCACAGCCGCGGUGGAGGAGAUGUUUGCGCUGCACGAGUCUCUCCCCGAUGACAUCCGCACUUGGCUUGGGAGAGUGUCAAUGGCUACGAGUACGUGAUCCAGAACAGAACUGCUCCGAUGGAGCCCAGGCAGGCCUUCUCAUGGCUAAUGGCUUCGAGGGGCGUCCUGGAGCAGCUCAGGUACACCGACUCCUUCAACACCUUCGUGUCCAUGCAUGCCGAGCUGAUCGACUGGGAUGUCGACAGCCACUGUGUCAAUACCCUCAUGAGAUCCGCCCGGGAGUACAUUGACCCGCACACCGGGAGACCUACAGAUUUCGAGCCAAACGUCAUGGGUGUGCUCAAGCUAACCCGUAACUACUCCCAGCACCCGGCCAAGUACAAGGAGCACUUGAUGGUCCUCAUCAUGGAAGACGACUUUCCGGGCUUUGUGGCCCGGUUUCAGUUAAAUCUUUUUAGGGCAGGAUUGCUUCCGCUCACUCCACUGGAGCAGACUCACUAGUCGUCAGUCAUGGGCUGACCAGCAGUAAAUCAGCCCCAAGCCCCCAAGUGUUUUGCUGCUAAUGCUAACGUUUCUUCUUUAUCAGACAUCAGUUAUGUUCAUAGUUACACUCUAUUAUACUUUGGAUUGAUAUUACCAUUCUCUAUUCUUUGGUCAACUGGAUUUAUGAUGUCCAUUUGUGUUCA